AUGGACAACCAUUCCGAUCUUUUGGAAACAGGAUUCCCCAGUCUGGAAAGUAAUUAUGAAGACAUCAAUUUGCUCAGUGAAAGAACCAUCCUGGCUCCCAAAAACGUAGCUGUCAGUGCUAUUAAUGACCAGCCCAUAAGCCGAAUUCCGGGUGAGGAGCGCAUCUACAAAUCGAUUGAUCGGACCUCUAACCCCCAAGACAUUGUCAAUUACCUUAUCGAGUUUCUCAACUCAUUGGAGCCAGCAGGGCUUCCACCUCACAUUCUUAUGCUAAGAGUUGGAUGCCCAAUUAUGCUAAUCAGAAACUUGCUUCCGUCUAAACAGUGCAACGAGACCCGCUUAGUAAUCAAGUUCCUGACGCCCCACUUGAUUGGGGCCACCAUUGUUACAGGAUGCGGGAGGGGUGAAAAUGCUUUCAUUUCAAGGAUGCAGCUUUAUCCCUCGGGGUCAGACAUGCCGUUUAACUUCCGCAGAUCGCAGUUCAAAGAACAGAGAAUUUGUAAAGAUAAACAGGUUUCGUCUUCAGCGCCAGAAAAACAAUGUAGUUAA